AUGAAAAGUAAUUAAAAUAGCAAUUUGGCUGAGACUAGCAAUUUGAAUGAGGACAACUAAUAAAUGAAGUCUCUAGUCAAUCAAAUCAUGCAGUAAAAUAGUAAAAUACACAAAUAAAAAUCCAAUAUCAAAAGAGUUAAAUGGAAUUAAGAAAGCUCAGAAUUAUUCAAUAAACUAUAUCAUAUGUUUUUGGGAGACCUCAACAUGAUACACUCAUAUUUUUAAUAACACACUGACUAUAAAUUUACCAAAAAAUAAAUCAAAAAACAAUUCACCUAGCAGGUUCACACCCUUACUAAAUCGAAUAGUAAAUCAAUGGAUGAAGAAUUAUAUGCUAAGAUAUUUGAUUCCUAACAGCAAAGUCUUUCAAACAGUAAUUAUUGCGAAGAUCCAGAAUAAAGUGCAAUAAGUGAUAUAAAGAGUUUUCAAUCAAGCAGUUUUUGA